AGGGGUGGGUAGAGAGAGUGAAGGUAGGUAGAGGGGGGCGGAAUGGGCCUUGUGUGUGAUGCCCAGCCAGCAGUGUGUCGGGCAUCAGUGCGUCGCCAGACUUGACCAGAUGUGGUGCCGCGCGUGGGUGUUGGCUACGCUGGCCGCCUCGGCGGCGGCGGCGGCCACGAACGAUGUCUUCCCCGUGGAGGAGGAGGCCGCGCCGCCGCCCCCCCUGGCUCUGCCCCACGCCGCGGGUCUGAGCAGGGCGCAGAACGACGUCUUUCCCCUGGAGGAGGAAGAGGAGGCCCCGCACCACCACAAGCACGGCUCAAGGCACCACAAGGUCCACAACAUCGUGCUCCACCCGCAGCCCAACUCCCUGUGCGAGCUGAAGCCCAUCCGCCAGAUCGUCACCCACGCCCUCUGCACCUCCAAGGAGAUGGAGAACCACGUGUGUGUGGGCACCUGCUUCAGCUACACAGUGCCGCAGACGGAGCCCGAGACCCCUGGCGACGAGAUGCUGGACUACUGCGACUCCUGCCAGGCCUCGGAGUCACACUGGACCACGAUCCAGCUGGACUGCGAGGAGUACGGCAACACAUACCAAGUCACGAAGAAGAUACAGAUGAUCACCAACUGCUCCUGCUCACCGUGCCACCCCUCCAGAGGUCAACAGCCCCCGAUGGAUAACGAAGUCUACCCCGCCAACGAGAACCGCGUAUCCGACUUCUUCUACAAACAGAUCCCCGACGCUCCUUCAAGACCCGACUUCAGUGAGGCUCUCCAGUUAAAGAAGACCUCGCUAGACGAACUUCGCAAGAGCGCCAUCUACCAGGAGCUGGGACCCAAUGGCAAGAUAGUGUUCAAGGUCCCGCCCUCUUUCGGUGUUACUGAGGACGAAGAGGACCCCAACGACGUGGUGUCCUUUUAAAACGAGGCUCUGAUUCUCAUAUUUAGUGACUAUCAAAACCGUAGAAUUGGAGAGCUUGGCAGACUUUUUCACAGGCGCCAUGAUGUUACCGAAAGAGCCGCGCGGAAUUCAAAUUGAUGUUGAUACAAGUUUUAUUACAUUUUUUUUACGGCAAAGGAGGCAGUUCAAGGACAAAAAAAAACAUAAAUAGGAACAAACAGACCCGCUAAACGCUGCUCCGGUGAAAGAAAAUAAGAACGAGAGGUCAAAAGAGAGGUCAACUUCAGGCUUUAGGUAUCGUCAGUAUCUCGAAGAAGUAUCUAGAACACACAAAAAAUCACUCUUGCAUUAGCGUUAGUUUGAAUUUCCCGCGGCUCGUUAGGAAGCAACAUGGCGCCUGUGAUGAAACUGGCCAAACUCUCCUCUUGUAAGGCUCUGUCACUGUUUGUUAGGUGUUCAAUUCCAUUCCUCCGCCGCUGCCAUAUUAUAUUUUUUAAAAGGUGUACAUUUAUUUCUUUGUUUCAUGAUUUUUCGUUUUUUUUUUUCAUGAACUUGCUCUAUUAGCCUAUUUCUUUUCUCUCCUUUACGAGUUUUCUCUUUCGUUCUUUUGUUUCUUGAUGACUUUCUCCAGUAGCCUAAUAAUUUUUUCUCUCUUUUACGAGUUUUCUUUCUCCUUCCUUUCGUUUGCUUCUUAAUUUUAUCUUUUUCCAAUAGCUUGAUAUUUUUUUUCUAUCUUUUACGAGUUUUCUUUCUUCUUUCGUUCUUUUGUUUCUUGAUUUUGUCUUUCUCCAAUAGCCUAGUAAUUUUUCUAUCUUUUACAAGUUUUCUUUCUCCUUCCUUUCUUUUACUUCUUAAUUUUAUCUUUCUCCAAUAGCUUAAUAACUUUUUUCUCUCUUUUACGAGUUUUCUUUCAGCUUCCUUUCUUUUGCUUCUUCUUAAUUUUGUCUCUCGAACUGCUCUCUCCUUUAUAAAUACUUUUCCCACUCUCUGUUACACGUUUACCGUUUUCUCUUAAUCUUUGGGUCCAUUUGUACCACGCAUACGAUCAUCCGAGGUGGUGUUUUGAACGUGAGUAAAAUUGCAUCAUUAUACCGUAUCAUUAUCAUUACUGUUGACCUUUUUUUUUUCGAAUCACCGAUGUGGAAUUCCCGAUGAUUUGCCAGCAACUUCAUGUGAGCAUAAGAAAAAUGUUAUGAAAAAUGUUCUAAUUAUUCAUUAUCAUUAUAAAAACACCACCAUCAGCAUCACCUCUGAACAUUUAAACACAAUAUUCUUAGAAAAAAUAGUAAUAGUAUUCACUAGAAACUUCAUAAAACUAUAACCGUCUGAAUAAAUAAAGUCUGCAUAUCGAGGCUA